AUGGAUUAUGCAGGACGCACCUGGAUCCUAUUCUCAAAAGGACGAGGCGCCAAGUCUACAAAGGGCUAUCUUGCAAUUUUUGUUUGCAUGGUCACACGUGCCGUGCACAUUGAAGUAGUGUCCAACCUUACCGCGGACUCAUUUAUUGCGGCUUACGCAAGAUUUUGCGCGCGACGAGGCGUGUGCGAUGUCCUGUAUUCGGAUAACGCCACCAAUUUCAAGGGUGCAGCCUCAGAGCUCCAGCGGAUGUUCAGCAGAUCAUCAAACUUCACCGUCAGCCUGAUCGAGAGUGUGGCCACUCAGGGCACGAACUGGUCCUUCAUACCGCCGCGAGCCCCUCAUUUUGGAGGAUUGUGGAAGGUUGCAGUGCGCAGUCUGUCGACUCUGUGCGCCAAGAUCGAAGCCUGCCUAAACUCCAGGCCGCUUUGCCCUCUCAGCAACGAAGUCUCUGCAGAGCUCGCUCUUACGCCAUCUCACUUCCUCGUCGGUUCUGCGUUACUGUCUCAUCCCGAGCCUUACGACGAGUUGCAGCAACCAAUUCGGCUGAGGGCUGAGCAGUCGCUGGAAGUUGCUGUCUGA